AUGGACGAGCAGAUCGUUUUUACUACAAAUGACACUGCCUCUGUGGCAAACAUACAUACCUAUGAACAAGCAACCUUGAGACAGUGCACAGUAGGAAGUAAGAAUAGUGCGGUAAAGGUGGGAAACAAGUACCUCUUUGUUGCACAAGGCAAAAAGGCUUUAAUUAACGUAUACAACAUUGCAGGACAACACAAGAGAGAAUCUAUUGAACAGAGAUUACCAUUACCAGAGGUGAUAAAUUGUUUGGAAGUAGUAGAGAGUAAUGGAAUUACAUAUUCGAGAAACGAACAACAUCAACAUAAAUUGGCAAAUUUCGACCUUCCGUAUCUUUUAAUAGGUUCCACGCCAUCCGCAAAACUUUAUGUCUGGGAAUUGAGCUCAGGUAUCUUAUUGGGCGUGAAACCUAUGGCACAUUACCAAUCUAUCACCAAAAUACAAUCGAUCGUUGGUGGAAAAUACAUUGUCACUUCAGGUAGCGAUGCACGAGUUAUGAUUUGGCAAACUAUGGAUCUUGUAUCGGUUGAUGAACCAAAGCCUAUUUGCAUUUUACAUGAUCACACACUAUCCGUCACAGAUUUUCAAGUUUCCAGCAGCAGUGGUGAUUUCUUAUCGUCCUCAGGAACCAAGUUAUUCACCGUCUCAGAAGAUGCUACUCUAAGAUGCUAUAGUUUAAAUCUAAUUGGCCGUAGCAAUAAGAAAGAAUCAAUAAAUCCAAGUCUACUGGCUACGUUUUCAUUGCCAUAUGCAAUACAGUCAGUUACUCUGGAUCCUGCAGACAGGGCUUGCUACAUAGGAACUAAGGAAGGUUGCUUCAACUUGCCGCUAUAUUACAACCUUAAGGAUGGUAAAAUAUCAAACUUAGUUCAAUCGAUCGACGAAGGAAAACCCAGAAUCUUCUCAUUAGUAGAACGUAUCGACGAACAGCAAUCAAUCCAGGAUGGAGAAAAGCUAUAUGCCAUGGGUCAGCUCUUAUGUGAUAAAGUUAUUGACGUGGAGGUUACCAAAUUGGAAAUUUCAAUGGAUGGUACUCUUCUGGUGGUAGGUGAUUCUCAUGGAAAGGUGUCUAUUGUCGAAAUAUACUCCAAACAAAUUUUAAGAACAAUGGAACCGCUUUCAACAACUCAAUCUCUUCAUGGCUGUGUAACAAAUAUCCUCAUUACCCCACAAUAUGUUGAAACGGAUGGGCAAGCUAUUGCAGAAACAUUCAAACUAGGUUCUUUAAACAACACACAAAAGAUCCCGACUUUACAAAGAGUAAUAUAUGAUAAAACAAAGGCAGGUCAAUUGCACGAAAUUUGGGGCCAAGUAGGUGAAGAUCUAGACAGCACCAUCCUACCGUUAAACGACUUUGAAAAAUACAUGGAUCAAGUCAAGAUUCAACAAACCUUUUUCUUGCAGGCCGACAAGAACAGUAGUCAAAUUAAAAUCGUCGGAGAACAGGACGCAGAUGUUGUCAAACACUCCACGAAGGAUCCACAGAUAGAAGAACUCAAGGCAAACGUUCAAACAUUAACGGAGGCUUACAAAGAGUUGCGGGAAAUGCACGAAAAAUUGUAUCAAGAGCAUGAAGCAUUACUCGCCAGAAAUCAUUCGAUUAUAGACGACAGUAUAUAA